GAUUGUUUUAGUCUCGUGUAGCCAGCCAGUAAGAGCGAUGUGAAUGAUCGAUUGCUCUAGUCUGGCGAAUGGGAUACUGUACGUGUUAACGGUUGUUGCUCAGUGCAGCUCGACUUUGGCCUGAAAUAUAAAAAUAAUGGCUCAGCCUCCUCCAAAACCAUGGGAAAGGCGAAUCCCAGGAACCAUAACAGCACCGUUAAACUAUCGCUCUACGGACUUUGGAUCAGUAUCCCAAAGUGGGCCAUCAGGUUCUGGUCCUCCAGUUCUAACACGAGUGGUGCCACCGAUUCCUCCACGACCUGUUCGACAGUCAUACCGCCCAACAUACAGCUCGUUUCCCUCCUCGUACAGCCCUUAUGGGAACUCCAUGUAUGGUGGCUACAGCCCCUACAGCUACAGUGGUUAUGGAGUCGGAGGCGGCCUGGGAUAUAACCGAUUCAACACAAUGGACGAAAUCCCACCCAGUCGUUUUGUCCAACAGGCCGAGGAGAGCAGCCGCGGAGCAUUUCAGUCUAUUGAGAGCAUCGUCCAUGCAUUUUCAUCAGUCAGCAUGAUGAUGGAUGCUACUUUCUCUGCCGUCUACAACAGCUUCCGAGCUGUUCUGGAUGUGGCCAAUCACUUCUCCCGCUUACGCAUACAUUUCACAAAAGUGCUGUCAGCUUUUGCCCUGGUUAGGACUCUUCGAUAUCUGUAUCGCAGGCUGCAGAGGCUGAUGGGAUUGCGUCAGGGUUCAGAGGUGGAUGAUUUGUGGGCAGACAGCGCAGCCUCUUCUUCAGUGGUGUCUGCUUCAGGAGCCAGAGGUGCAGGGGUUGAAGAACCCGGAGUGAAUUCUGUCAAAUCAUGGCCUAUUUUCUUGUUUUUUGCUGUUGUUCUCGGAGGGCCGUAUUUAAUCUGGAGGCUUUUAAGUUCUGCUGAGGGUGCUGAGGAAAAUGCCACUAACUGGGCAAGUGGGGAAGAUGAUCAUGUAGUAGCACGAGUCGAGUAUGACUUCACUGCUGCAUCUGAGGAGGAGAUCUCUGUACAGGCUGGAGACAUGCUAAAUCUGGCCCCUAAAGAACAACAGCCACGGGUGCGUGGCUGGCUGUUAGCCAGUGUGGAUGGGCAAACUACCGGCCUCGUCCCUGCCAACUACGUCAAAGUGUUGGGCCGAAGGAGAGGCAGAAAGCAUGCUGAAUUAGAGAGGAUGGCACAGGCCCAGGAGCCUGCACAGAACCUUCCAGCACCUCAAACGGCCCUCAUUACAGCUUCUGUCCCAACGACAACACAUUCAGAGGAUCUGCUGGAGUCCGUUUAUGGGGAAACACAAGGCCUUGGACUGGAGGUGCAAGCAUCCACACACAACAGCCGUGAUACUUUAGUGAUGCAUUCAGAAAAGAUGGACUUAUGAGUAAUCGAUAUGUGCAGGUGGUGGGUGUUUCUGUAGGGAAAAUGUCUUCUUUGUUUUUUGAAUGUAUCACCCUUGAUAUAAUUCAGUUCAACCACAAAAAGUGAAGAGGAGCUAAUGAAAAUACUGAGGUGUUGAAGAGAAGGUGAAUAAUGCUUUAAUGGGUUAGUUCACCCAAAAAUGAACACAAAGCUUUAUUUACUUACCUUCAAGGCAUCUUAGAUACAUAUGACUUUCUACUUUCCGCUGAAUCCAGUCAGAGGUAUGUUAAAAUAUCUACAAGCACUACAAUGGCAAUUUUUUCAACAGUCCACAACAAGUCAAAUAAAGAGCCUCCAUUCAUCAUAAAAAGUGUCUAUUAGACUCUGGAAGGUAAAAAAAGGUCUUCUUUAGCAAACUGAUACAUUUGUAAGAAAAAUAUCAGCUGGACAAUAGUACGAAGAGCAUGUGCAGUUGAAACCAACAUAGAAGAAAGAUAAACAAUACACAGUCCUCUCCAGCUGACAAUGAUAAAUGCACCUCUUAAGAUGAUGAUGACAAAAUAUCUCACUGGAAGUUACAUAAAGCCGUUUUAGAUAUGAAUAUUUUCCUUACAAAAAUAGAUCAAUUCACUUAUUCACCCUCCCAGAGCCAAGUGAAGCAUAUUUGAUUAUUUGAAUCACAUUAUUGGACUUAUUUUGAACUGUUAAAAAAAUAAAGCUGUCCAUUGCCAUUGUAGUGCUUGAACAAGAUUUUUUAAAUGCUUGUUCAAACUAAAUUAAAAUGAGCUAAAUCAACACAAUUAUUGAGUUUUUAGGGACAAUUUAUUUGUUUUAUGUUCGAUCCACUUAAAUUGGCAAAAACAAUUAAACUAACCUAAUUGAUUUGUGUUGUGACAACAAAAAGGAGUUGGGUGGAACCCUGCAUUUUUUUUUACAGUGUGCACUUAGGAUGCUUGAGGUCAUUGGCAAAUUUAAUUUUGGGGUGAACUAACCCUUUUUUUUCGUUAACCCUCUAAUUGCUUAUAGCACAUCAUUUCAGAGAUUUUACUAGACUGUUAGGCUCAAAGUUAUUACCAAUAUUUGUUUAAAGGUUUUUUUUUUCAAUAAAUUGUUUUUUUAAUAGUAAUUAGGCAAAAUGGAUUUUUGCUUUCACAAUUAGUUUUGAUAUGCUCGUAUCAAGCAUAAAAUGUUACAAAUAUGUUGUGAAAUUUUGUUGCAGAUAAUGUUAUGAAUAUGAUAGUGCAUCUGAUUAAAUCGUGAGCUUGUAGCAGGCUGAAACUAAUACAAGGUUUUCCAAGGAGAAUGCAGAAUUUCAAUAUGGGAUAAUGUUCUUCCUCUCCUAAUGUAUGUUUUAGAUUGCUGUUCAUCUUUCUGCAGUGUAAAGACUAUUUAAUAUUUCCAUUUUAAGUUUUGUUGUAUCAAGGACUAGUUUGUGAAUUUGUCUGUGUUUUCAGGCUUGUUUGUUUUCUCGCACUGACAACACAAUGUGCAAUGAUGUAAAUACAAGCAAUUAUUUUGCCAGUAAAAA